AUUGACCAGAAUGCGACCGUCUUCAGUGAUCUAGAGGGCUACAGCCGUCCUCCCGAGAAAAGAAAACCUAAAGUCAUACUCCUGCCUUAUUUACUAUAUAUAUAUCCUAUCUGCUGGGUCAUUUAGGGGCUUGAAGAGACGCGGAUCCUAGCCGUGCAGUUCAGAGAACAAUGGAGCCCAGACAGCAGGCAGCCCCAGAGCCGACUUCCCAGGAAGUUAACCUCGUCUACCUGCAGCAGCUCCGGGAGCUCGAUAUCCCCGAAGAGGCUGCCAAGCAGGCUCUCCUCCACACCAGGAACGUGUCUGCUGAGGAGGCUGCUAUGUACUACUUCAACAAACUGGAGAAUGAGGAGGAAGAUGAUGAAGAUGUACUUUUCAAGAUGGUGUUCGUAAUCAAUAUGGACCUGUCCAUGGGUGUGGGAAAGGUGGCAACACAGGUGGGACACGCUGCUGUGGGACUGUACCAGACUCUACAGGGUAACCCCAGCUGGAGAGAGCUGGCCUGGAAGUGGGACAGCACUGGAUCAAAGAAGGUGGUGAUGCAGGCCACCAACACGGCACACCUGCUGGAGCUCCAGGCCCUGGCCGCCAGCCUCAGCCUACCCACAUACCUGGUGCAGGACACGGGCCAGAAUCUGGUGGAGCCCAACUUGCGCACGGUAUUAGCCAUCGUUGGGGAGGAGGAGCGAGUGAACAACGUGACUGGGAGUUUGAAACUACUUUGAGAUCCGUGCUUUGCAGUGUGAUGCAGUACUAUAGGGCGAUCUGCAGAGGGCAGCAUUGCCUUCCAGCAGAGAAUCUCGGCAUGCAAGGGCGUCAGAAUGAAACUAAUGGGUAUUCGCAGCCAUUUUUAUUCUUUUCCUUAACUUGUGACUGGCAUAACCAAAAGCUGCUAAAAUUAUGGAGAAAAACUGUUUAUUCUUUAAAACUGAGACUAGUUGAAUUAAAUUUAAAUGAACUGUAAAUGAUAUCCCUGUUUACCAGUUAUUGUUAAAUCAGGGCAAUUAAUGCAUUUAAAUAGCUUUGUUUUAAUUUCAGUGUAAAUGUCCUUUAAAACUCAGUUCUCAAUUUUACCAUGAUGAAGAGGAACACCGACCCUGGAAUGGUUCUUAUUCAUGACAGGUCAAUGAGGAGCAAUUCAGCGUUGGGAUGCUUAUGUUGUACGAUCCAUUGAUGAUUAAAUGUAAUAAAAAUCUGCCUAUAGCCCUCAGAACAAAUGAAAUCA